AUGGCAGAGAGGGCCCAGGAUUUACCUGAGGUCAGCCAGCAGGGCCCAACUACUGGCAAAGACCCUCAGGUAGGAGGACCCAGUGGCCAGCGGGACUCUGGCUACUACCCAGACAGCCUUGAUCAUCAGACAAGUCCUGCCUGUGGGCAGACAUCAAAGGAACAGACUGAGAAUGGAGCUACUGGGGGAGCAGUGCUGUGUGAUAGUGAAGGGGCGAAGGAGAAACAGGGCUCUGUUGAACUUUCUGGGAGCGGUGAAGAAGAUGUGCCAACUGAGCAACCUAGAGAGGAUGAAGACAACACUCGCUCAUUUCCAGUGAUUGGACCAAGAAUAUUAGACAAUGAGCAUGUCGCCUCCUGUGCCGUGCCUGUUAAGCCCCCCGCCACACACAAUGGUGAGGUUGCAGGAGAGGCAGAUACCAAAAAACCCCAGCAGGAUUCUCAGCCCCCAUCAAGUACAAGUCGCGCUGUCCCUGAUUCAGACAUACCUGGUGCUGAAGCAGAUCUGACUAGUCUGAACAGCAGCCGCAUUGUCCAGCUGUCCAUCUUAAGCAGGAUAGAAAAGACAGUAUGUGAAGCAAGAAGCGACUUGGUUCAUCACCCAGCAGGGGUAAAUCCAACAGCUUUGCAUAAGAUAUUGUUGGACACCUUCCUUCAAAUAUCACAGGCUAGUGAAAAUCUUCUGAUGGCUACCCAAACGUCCCACACCCCUAAAACACCAGUCAUCAAUGUGAGAAAGGGUGCCCCAUGUUCAAAAAAUCACAUAGAAGCACAUACUAAUCUACCAGUAUCCUCCAGUUCACACCAGAACCUACAGGUGGGUGAAGAUAACAGCACAGAAAAUCCAGUGCAACUGGGGACAGCACCCAAUUUCACAGAAGACUCAGUGCAGAUGGGGACAGCUCCAAAAGACACAGAAGUCUCAGUGCAAGUGGGGGCAGCACCCAACAGCACAGACGAUUCAGAGCAGGUGGAGACAGCAUUCAACAGCACAGAAGAAUCAGUGCAGGUGGUUACAGUUCCAAAAAGCACAGACGACUCAGUGCAGAUGGGGGCAGGUCUAAACAGCAUAGAAGAUACAGAGUCAGAGCAGGUGGUGACAGCUCCAAAAAGCACAGAAGAUCCCGUGCACUUUGGGACAGCUCCCAACUGCACAGAAGACUCAGUGCAAGUGGGGACAACAGCACCCGACAGCACAGAAGACCCAGUACAGAUGCGGACAGCACCCAACAGCACAGAAGACUCAGUGCAGCUGGUGACAGCACCCAACAGUACAGAAGACUCAGUGCAAGUGGGGACAGCACACAACAGCACAGAAGACUCAGUGCAAGUGGGGACAGCACCCAACAGUACAGAAGACUCAGUGCAGCUGGUGACAGCACCCAAUAGCACAGAAGACUCAGUGCAAGUGGGGACAGCACCCGACAGCCCAGAAGACUCAGUGCAAGUGGGGACAGCACACAACAGCACAGAAGACUCAGUGCAGGAGGUGACAGCUCCAAAAGGCACAGACAACUCAGAGUCAGAGCAGGUGGUGACAGCACCCAACAGCACAGAAGACUCAGAGCCAGAGCAGGUGGGGACACCACCCAACAGCACAGAAGACUCAGUGCAAGUGGGGACAACAGCACCCAACAACACAGAAGACUCAGUGCAAUUGGGGACAGCACCCGACAGCACAGAAGACUCAGUGCAGGUGGGGACAGCACCAAAGAGCACAGAAGACUCUGUGCAGGUGGGAACAACACCCAACAGCACAGAAGACUCAGUGCAAGUGGGGACAGCACCCAACAGUACAGAAGACUUAAUGCAGGUUCUGAGAGCUCUAAAAGGCACAGACAACUCAGAGUCAGAGCCGGUAGUGACAGCACCCAACAGUACAGAAGACUCAGUGCAAGUGGGGACAGCACCCAACAGUACAGAAGACUCAGUGCAAGUGGGGACAGCACACAACAGCACAGAAGACUCAGUGCAAGUGGGGACAGCUCCAAACAGCACAGAAGACUCAGUGCAGGUGGUGACAGCUCCCAAGAGUGUAGUGGCAUCCAAUAAUCCAGGAAAUGAGGGGCAGCCAAAAAAGGUCCCUACCAACACCCAGGUGAAGAGUGGACAGUCAGGAGAUCAAACAAAAGGCACCCGGUCUAAGAACCCGGUGAAGGGGAAUCCACCAGAAGACAAGGACAAGACCGGGAUCCCAUCCAACAACCAUGUGAAGAGGGGACAGUCAGAAGAACCAAAGAGUGUGGAUCUGCCUAAGGAACCACUCAAGCAGGAUCCAUUGGAAGUCAAAGACAAGAGGCCACAGUCAGAAAGGCCAAAGAGUGGGGAUCUGCCUAAGAAACUCAAGGAGGAUCCAUCCAAAGUCAAAGACAAGACUGGGGUGGCAGAAAAGAAUGGGCUUAAGACCAUUCUGCCUAACAACCCAAGAAAUGAGGGUCAUCAAGGCAAAGAUAAAGCUGAUCAUGAGGUCCUGUCCAGCACCCCAGUGAAGAGGCCACAGUCAAAAGAGCCAAAGAGUGUGGAUCUGCCUAAGAAACCACUCAAGGAGGAUCCAUCAGAAGUCAAAGACAAGACUGGGGUUCAGGCAGUUCUCCCUAACAACCCAAAAAAGGAGGGUCAUCAAGGCAAAGAUAAAGCUGAUGUCCCGUCCAACACUAAGGUGAAAAGAGAAAAGUCAGAAGAGCCAGUAAAGAAUGGAGUUCUGCCUUGCAAGCCAACAAAGGAAGGUCAUCAAGUCAAAGAGGAUACUCCAGUCCCAUCCAACACCCAUGUAAAGAAGCAACAGUCAAAUGAGCCAAAGAGUGUGGAUCUGCCUAAAGAACCACUUAAGAAGGAUCCAUCGGAAGUCAAAGAAGACCAGACUGGGGUGCCAGAAAAGAACGGGGUUUGGACUGGUCUGCCUGACAGACCAAGAAAGGAAAGUCAUCAAGGCAAAGACAAGAUUGGGCUCCCAUCCAACACACAGGUGAAGAGGCCACAGUCCAAAGACCCAGAAAAGAUUUGGGAUCUGUCUGACAACACAACGAAGGAAGGUCAUCAAGGCAAAGACAACACUAUGCCAGUCCCGUUCAACAUCCAGGUGAAGAGGCCACAGCGAGAAGAGGAAGAAAAGAGAGGGGUUCUGCUUCUUAACAAGCCAAGGAAGCUUAAGGAGUAUGAAUUGAUUGUCCAGACACCAGGAAACACUUCUUCACAUGAGGAAGGGGACAAGAUACUACAGAAAGAAGACAUAGAGACAUUGAAAAAGGUUAAGAACUGGAUGAACUUGAAGAUACCAUCACUUCUAGCACUCCUGUCCUUUUUGUUUGACCUCCUCAAGACCUGGUCACACAAAGAGGAACCUCCAGAUGUGACAUCCAACCACAAGACGAACACAACCCCAUUUCCCGUGGACCAAGAUGCACUGGUCUACAAUGUGCAGCGCCAAGAUGAGGAAGUGCUAGGAGACAGUUGGUAUGAGGAUGAGGAAGUUCUCGGAGACAGUUCAGAUGAUGAUGAUGAAGAGGGACAAGAUGGUUACCACCAACCAGUAUGGCUGGCCCAAUUGGCAGAUGACGAUGUUGAAGAUGAAGACCUGUACUUGGGUUCGGAGGAUACAAUCGCCUUUCCUGAACCAGGUGCAGCUGAACCAGGUGCAGCUGCAGGUCCAAUGUUCUGUAGCGAGGUCCCAGAAAAUGGACAAAUCGCAGUGGGAGGGGGUGUCAGCAUUAGUCCUUUCAACAACCCAUCUCAGAUCUGUGAUCACGUGCACCCAUCUCAUCACUUCCCUACAGCAUCCGCACAAGGACUUCAAAAUGCAUCUGACAUGUCCUUGGAGGAGGCUGUACAGCGCUACAGACGUACUGAAAGAGGUAUGACUGUCACAGUGCUGGGUUUAGGAGAACAGGUUGUAUCGCAGAGAAGGGUCUAUGAUCCUACAACACUACAGGAGCACAUUCUGGAGCAUACAGCAGAACAAGCAUUUGCAAAGUAUCCCAUGGAUGGCUUCACAGUGAAGAUGCCAGGAGGCAGAACCGUUCCCUUGGAGAUGCCCCUUGACCCUUGGAGUUGGACAUUUCAGAACAUCAUCUUUCAGCUUCACCCAGCUAACCACGGGGACAGCACAUGGCUGUGGAGAGUCACUCACUCCGAGAACCCUGGAGGAGGAAGAUAUUGCAUUGAGGUAAACAUGCACAGUGUUGGGAGAGGAGUGACAAGGGUUCCAGACAACCCAGACGACCGAGGAUCUGGACUGGACUGCUGUAUCUGCCAGGAUACACAGCCUGGAGGCACACUGGUGGAGACAUCUUGCGGGCACAAAUUUCACGAGGUUUGCCUGUUCAAGUGGCUACAGGAAGACGAUGUUUGCCCCCUCUGCAAAAGGAGGAUACUGACUGAUACAUGAAGCAUAAGCCGCUCUUUUAUGAUAAUCAGGAUCAUGUUAAACAGUUACAGUUCGAAUGAAAGCUCAUCUGUGUUGGUAGAAUCCAUAGUUAUAGAGUUCGACUUGUUC